AUCUCUCUCUCUGCUCUCAUUUCGCUUUCACACUUUCGACGCGUCGGUUGGCAGACAAGUUUUUGCGCGCCCUUUUUUGUACUUUUAAGCUCGCCACGCAUAAACAACAAUAAUAAAUUAAUUCGAAUCAAAUAUAUAUCAUUUACAUGUAAAACUAAUCGCGUGUGGCAAGCUAAAAACCGAAAAGAACUUUGCAUUUAUCAAACAAAAACAAAAUACUAGACUAUAACGGGACACUGCCAAAAAAAACAACGUGAAGAGAACUCAAAUAAAUUUUUAGAGGAAAGCAACCAAAAUCAAGAAGAGCCAUAUCGAAACAAUCAAAAACCAAACGAAUAGAUCGAAUCAAAAAUGAACUCGAAACACAGUUCGCUGGAGGAGAAAGUGAAACUGCCGCCCACGGAGACAAUAAGCCGAUGCUACCAGCCGCAGCAGAGCAACCGCAAGGUCAUCCGCAUCCUGACCGUCGCCGUCUAUGUCCUUUGCGUUUCACUGGCGGCCAUCAUGCUAUCCCUAUACUACAUCUUCAUCUGGGACCCCACCAUCCGGCCCUUUGUCACCAAGGCCACGCAUUGCGAUAAAAUUGUGAUACCCGAGAAAAUAGCCAUUCGCCUCCUAAACUCAUCGGAAGUGACCGCGGAGCAGUUCUACAAGCACAUCCUCGAGCAGUACCGCAUCCUCAGCCACAUGCAGCAGCAGCGCCAGCAACUGCUGCAGCGCCAACAUCUCCAACUGCAGCAGCUGGAGGCAAACAAUCGCUUCCAGGAGGUCUUUGCCACGGCCACCAUCAUUCAGGCACAUCCACAUCCCCAUCCACAUCCCAGGGAGCCGCCCAAGAAGCCGCUUUUAGGACCAUAUAGCCCGCAACCCGGCAACAUAAGUCACGCUAUGGGUGGCGAUCAGUUGGAUGCAGAAACGGAGCAGGCUCACAUGCCGCUAAUCCUGGACACCUCGCCGCCGGUCGAAGUAACCGGAAUGGGUCACCUGAAGCGGAAGACACAUCGCGGUCACUACAAACAUCAUAGAGCCCGAGCCGGUGGUCAAAAGAAACUGUCCAUUGCCAAUUCGAUGGCCAGCUCCACGCCGAGCACCACAGCCGGAGGAGACGCGUCCUUGGCCACUGCGGCCACUUUGCCACAUGGUUAUAUGGACGCUCCACUAAAUCCGGCGGCAGGCACCAUUGUCCAGGCACCACAACUGCAGCUAUACACCUCGAUGCCCAUUCCACUGAUCCUGAGUCCCAGCGACGAGAAGCGUCCCUCGCACCAUGCCCACGGUCAUGUCCACGGCGAGAGGCGGAACGGGGCGCAAUCCGGCGGCCGGCGAAGGACCACGACGGCCUCGGUUUCUGGCUACGAGGCGCAGACCUACCUCAAUCCGUUCCUCACCGGCGAGCUGAUCUUCGAGAAGUAAGGGACUGCACCCAAAUCAGGAAACUUCGCGGUUCAUUGUUUUUUUUUUUUUUUUUUUUUUAAUGCAUGUAGAGGUAUAUACACUACAGUCAAGAUCGGAAUUGGAGAUUAGCUCACAGAAAUGGUAACUGCCCAAGAAAAAAAAAAGAAAUGACUAACAUAUGGGCAAUAAUACCCUCCAUACCUUGUCAUACCUAUUUGAAUGGAGAAUUAACUCAGUUAAGCUCAGUACUGGCAUAAGCAUGGGGAAAAUAUUUCAAUUAAUCAGUUCGAGUAGAUAUGUUUUCCAAAUUGAUAGCGAUAUUAGACAUUUCAUAUUGAAAUUUACAGGUACAAAUAUAAUCUCAGUUAAUGCGUAGAAUGCGUUUGCAAUUGAACAAAUUUAACGUUUUAUAGCAAGAACUUAGGAACAAAAGUUGUAAUCGCUUAUUCUAUAAUAAUGUUAACUAAAGCCAAAGCAAGUAGAUCGGUUGUAUAACUCAUUUCUGCUAUAGAUAAGUCUUGACUUGUACCAGUACUGAGCUAUAAAUUGGUCCAUAUAUACGUAGCCAGGCCUGGCCACAUAUAGAGGUUAAUAAGCGUUAUGUACUGCAAAAGGAUAGUUGAAACCAUAGCUAAACGAUAGUCGAUGUACCAACCACACUCCACUCCAAUCAACUCAACUCAAAUCAAUUCAAAAACACACACUCGAAAGGGACACACACUCACGCAUAAUACGGGACCCACUUCAGUAGAAAGUCACACGAUAUCAGCGAUCACGGAUCACGGAAUACGGAUCACGGAUCACACAGGCGGCUCACCUCACCAAGCUCAGCAGCUAACUCACCCCACCUAGGACACUGCUUCCAGGCAGCUAGCGAACGCUACACCAACUACAAUAAUUAGCCAACCCUAGAGUAAUCAGUUUACCAGUAAACAGUAACCAGUAACUAGUAACCAAUUACCAAUUACCAGUAACCCAUCCAAGGAGUAUACCCCCCUUGCAAACGGGGCAGCGGAUAAAUGUCACUAGAAUUCAGCAUCAUCAGAUUGAAUCACACACAAUCCAAGUCGCCUCACGCAAAAAGAGAACUAUGUCAUGAUCAGAUAUCGGUGUAUGCAUUCUAUAUUAUGUACUUCUAAAUAUGUACUUUUACUUUUCAUUCAAAUUGGCAAAAAAACCUAUUUUAAAGGUUUUGAAUAUUUUCCAAAAGCACUUAGGCUUUCUAUGUAACAUAUGUUUUUUUUUUUUUUAGUUUUGGAACUUUAUCAUUGGAUAAACAAAUGUAAGCCCAAUUACAGCGUUUAUGAUACUCAGAAGAUUCGCACUAUAAAGUGGCCUAUAAAUAGCUGACGUAUUACCCAUAGGCGCUUCGCUUCUCAAGAUAAAACCUGGCGUGCUCAAGUCAAGAACAAAUAUGUGGUUAUAUACAUAUAUACAUAUAUAUGGGGCAUAUAACCGAUGUGUGACGUGACAUUGGCUCGUUCUAUUCACAUACUCAAACACUAAAUGCAAACCUAUCAAAAACCAACUA